GCACUUUUGACCUUCCACGUUCCAUUAUUAUAUCUCAACGCCCAAAAAAAUCAGAAACAAAAAAACAAAAUCAAACAGACAACGGCCAUGUUUUGGUGCGCCCUUGGCCUCCGACACCUGAAGUUCAACCAGACUCAUCUCGCUCGCCAUGAUUGGACUACAUCCCAGUGCAGAAGUCAUUUAGAUCUGUACUAUCCCGGUUUCCCCUCCCCCCUCUGCAUCGAGACAACACGGCUCGUUUCUCGGGACACCACCAUCCUGGUCAGACUAGUCUAUUUAUUUGUUUAUUAUUAUCAACAUUUUUUUUUUCUUCUUUUUGUCCAGAUGGUUGACGAACCCCCUAUGUUUAACAUCUGUCGUUGUAUCAAUAUUGCAGCAAAGUAACCAAACGCCACAGUCGUCCAACGGUCGACUCGACCCAACUUUCCUGACCCGAGAGACCUCUCUAUUCGCAGGAAUUGAAU